GCAUCGCAGUGCCACGGGGGAGCGUGCUGCGCCAUGCUUUCUGCUCGGCCGUCGGCUGGGCCUCGUCCGUCCGGUCGAAACUCGCUCUCUCUCUCUCUCUCUCGAGACUAAACGCACUUUGCAGCGACAACGACAACGGCAUGCUGGCCCUGCCGCGUCGCGACCAUUUACUGCCAGGCUCACGUCCUGGAAUGAUCCCUCCAUCGCCCGUAACUGCCAACUCGUCCUGUCCCGGAUGGACCAUUGCCGGAGCAGACGGCCGCGGCCGCGAUGUUUGUUUACUUCGCUCGCCUCGUCUCGUCUCGUCUCGUCCUUAUCUGCUCGUAUUCGUGUCCCGCUCUGCGGCCUGCCAAUUUGCUGAUGGCUUUCAUUGCCACUAGCAAUAAGCGCCGUGUAGCAGGCAUCAAUCGAACGAUGUGAAGAUGACAGAGUGUUCCCGUCGGGCGUGGAGUGUGACGAGGACGGCGAUGUCGUUGACAUGUAUGGGGUGCCGCAGUCUCCUCCACCCCACUCACCUCGGCCACCAUCAACUGGAUCUCAGAAGUCCCCUCGUUCUCGGAGGCAGCGUACCACUUCCCUCUCUCAAUCGACAAAGAAGACAUGCUCGGAGUCAAUUUUAAGAAGUCACACUAGGACCAUUUACACAGCGGGUCGACCUCCAUGGUAUGACUCAACAGGGCAGCAGGUUGAACCAUUUGUUAUUGGUAUUUGUGGAGGCAGUGCAUCAGGAAAAACAACAGUUGCUGAGAAGAUUAUUGAGUCUUUGGAUGUACCUUGGGUCACUCUUCUCAGUAUGGACUCCUUUUACAAGGUCUUAAAUGAAAAACAACAUGACCUAGCUGCCAAGAAUGAAUAUAAUUUUGAUCACCCAGAUGCUUUUGAUUUUGAGUUAUUAGCUGAAACUCUUCAGAAGCUUAAGGAGGGUAAAAAAGUUGAGGUCCCUAUUUACAACUUUGUUACUCACUCAAGGGAAAAUCGAACGAAAACUAUGUAUGGAGCUAAUGUUAUUAUUUUUGAAGGGAUUUUAACGUUCUAUAAUGCAGAAGUUACAAAGAUGCUAGAUAUGAAGCUAUUUGUUGACACUGAUGCUGAUGUAAGGCUGGCUCGUAGAUUGCGCAGAGAUAUAUCUCAAAGAGGCCGAGACUUAGAUGGAGUUUUAAAGCAAUAUUGCAACAUGGUUAAACCAGCAUUUUUGCAUUACAUUGCACCUUCAAUGGUUCACGCUGAUAUAAUUGUUCCAAGAGGAGGGGACAAUACUGUGGCCAUUGAGCUUAUAGUCCAUCAUGUGCAUACACAACUGCUGAAGAGAGGUUUUAAAUUGAGAGAGAAGCUUGCACACUCGUAUAUUGGCCAACCUUUACCCGAUUCUAUGCACUUGCUCCCAUCUACUCCACAAAUUUGUGGCUUGCAUACCCUCAUACGCAACAAGGACACUCCCAGAGAUGAAUUUAUAUUCUAUUCUAAGAGGCUGAUUCGUCUUGUAAUUGAGUAUGCAUUGUCCUUACUUCCAUUCAAGGAAGUUGUUGUUGAAACACCCCAGGGUGUUAUUUAUGAGGGCAAAAGGUGUGCCAGUGAGAAGAUAUGUGGUGUAUCGAUAUUACGGGCAGGAGAAACCAUGGAGCAAGCUGUGUGUGAUGUCUGCAAGGAUAUUCGCAUUGGAAAGAUUCUCAUUCAAACCAAUUUUGAUACGGGUGAACCUGAGCUUUAUUACUUGAGGCUUCCUAAAGAUAUUAAAGACUACAAAGUUGUUUUGAUGGAUGCAACUGUGGCAACUGGUGCAGCUGCAAUGAUGGCCAUUCGAGUCUUGCUCGACCAUGAGGUUCUUGAACAGAAUAUUCUCGUUGUCUCAUUACUUAUGGCUGAAUCUGGUGUUCACUCCAUUGCAUAUGCUUUCCCAAAAGUUCAAAUUGUGACCUCAGCAUUAGAUAAAGAAAUUAAUGAAAAGUUUUAUGUAUUGCCUGGCAUAGGUAAUUUUGGAGAUAGAUAUUUCGGAACUGAGCCUUCUGAUGAAUGUUGAAUUGAAGGCAAAAUAUUACGUGCUAAUUUGGAAGUUAGGCUUUCUGAACAUCUCAAACUUAGUGCUAUGGAUGUGUGCUGAUGCUCGAUUGACUACCACACAAUUUGUAUGCAAUGACAGGUCUGAAGGUUAUUUAAGGUGAUUUGAAACAUGAGUAAUACUCUGGUCAUUACCUAGAUUGAAUAUUUUUAUACCUGAUGGCUUAUCAAAUUUAUAUGGGUCCAAUGUUUUUACUGUCCUUUUUUCUCUCUUUUUCUUUCCUUUCUUUUUUGCCGUGGGUGCUAAGUAACAGCCAGAUUUUGCAGGCUGACAGGUAUAAUUAUCAAGCUAUCAUUUCAAAUAUUGUUUUGAAUGUGUUCCUUUUAUUAUUACCUCUAUGUUCCUAUGAGUACAUGCUAUCUUGUGUACACACUUUAACAUGCAAUGUGUUAGUUUUGAUUUUGACUCUAUUGUUGGUGUGGUAUCCGUCUUAAUUUAAGAAAAAACAAAACAAAAAAAAAAGCUAGUAAUGAAGUGGCUUAGACAAUGCUAGUCUUUCUGUUGUGCCCAUUUGUUACAGUUGCCAAUUAUGUUUGGUAUCUGACUUAAAACUAUAAAAAGGGAUAGCUCCACCUCAAGUAAAUUAAUUUGGACAGAGCAGUGGGUUAUAAGGCUCAGUUUGGUUCAUCAGUUGCAUAUUCUUGUGUUUAUUCAACAGAAAGUAUUAUAGAACUCUUUAGGUUUGUAUUUGUAGAAUGCUCUCGAUUUUAUUUAGUUCUUGAGUUUUUGUGAAGUUAAUAUUUAUGCAGAUGAUUUUUAAAAUGAUAAGUAUUGAACGCUAUGUAUUUGUUUUUGUCUGUGCUUUGAUUGUGAUCAUCUAAAGCCAGAAGCUAAAUGGACUUCCCAGUGAAAUUCGCCCAGUCAAAAAAUUUCUUUACUGUAUAGGUUUUUUUAUUAUGAUGGGUUUUCUUUAUGACUUACUGUAUUAGUAUCUUUCCCUGCAGUUAGCCAAUUUUCUCUAAAUGUGAUGUUUUCUCCUGUGUUGUUUCUGAAACCAGUCAUAGGACAUUGUUAUGAUGUCCGUGUUAAUGAUUUGUAUUUAUUGAACUUAAGAAUGAACUUAAGAUGUGAAGGUGAUUGUUGUUUUUAAAUUAUUUGUUUGAAUCAAAACAUUAAAUUUCUAUUUGUAUUUGUUCGUACAAUAUUCUUUUGUUAUUUUAAUGUGUAAUGUUGUGAAAUGAGAUGAUAAACAAUGAAUUAAAAAGCUAAGUGAGAUGCUUCUUGCUUAUCCAUUUUGUCUG